AUGCACGGUCUUGGCAUCGGCGUGGACGAGGUGUCGGUGACCUCUGCUCUUGGGGCCUGUGAAAAAGGGCAGCAGUGGGAGACGGCUCUGCUGCUGCUCUUUGGGAUGCCGAAGAGAGCCUUGAGGGCCGAUUUGGUUUGCAUCAACGCCGCCGCCUCGGCAGCGGCGGCUGGGCGUCAGGCUGCGGUUGUCGAGGAGCUCCUUGGGAGCCUCCGCAAGCGGCAGAUGGCGCCGGACGUCUAUUCGUAUAAUGCCCUGCUGAAUGCCUACGAGCGCUCGAGGCUUUGGCAGGAGGCUUUGGUGACGCUGAAGGAGAUGGAGCGGCUCCUUGUGGUGCCGGACGUGAUCUCCUUCGCCUCGGCGAUGGCCGCCUGCGAGCUCGCUGCCCGCUGGGAUCUGGCCAUAGCCCUCUUGGACGAAGCUCGCACUCGCCAGCUGCAGCUGACGCUUGUGGCUUGCAGCACCGCCGUCAGUGCCUGCAGUCAAGGCCGCAAAUGGAAUUGGGCUCUUUGGCUGUUGAGGGCUGGGCGCUUGGCAUCUGGAAGCUUCGCUCACCACCCGGAUCGUCGGCAUCAUGCAGUCAUAGCCGUCGCCGUCACUAUCGCUGUCUUCCACGGGAAGAAGUCCUCGACUCUCAAGCUUGCUUUGCUGCCCAAAGGUAUGGCGCAGAGUUCGUUCAGUUCCGUUAGCCAAGCCAUGCGAUUCAUCAUCGCGGUCUUUGCGGCGGCUUGCCUGGCCGAUGGUUUUAAUGCCGGCUGCGUCGGCGACGAGUGUUCCGCCAAGGAAACGGGCUUGGAAUCCCUUGACGACUCCGUUCUUGUGCAAAAGAGACGAGCCCCGGAGACGGUGACCACAGAGAAAGGCCUUGGCCUGGCUCUCGAGGGCGGAGGAUUCUUGGCACAUGCAACUCACACCGGGGUCUUGACUGCGCUGGUGAAUCGCUGCAAAAUGGGGACAAGAUCUCGCAAGGGCUACAUGGCGAGAAAUGGUCUUACCCAGGAGGGCGCGACCUCGAAUGGUACCGACUGGAAUAGCUUGACAGAGCUCAUGUCGAACGUCAAAGUUAUCUCGUCGGUAAGUGGAGGCAGUUGGUGGAUGGCCCAGCUGGGCUACUCCGCGCAGUUUCUCAAUCUGAUCGAGACUAUGGCAGAAUCUCCAGAAAGGGCCGGAGAACUGUACAAGAAGCGCUACAUCGACCCAUUGCUCGCCGUAAUCCGUCUUAAUCCAGAAGGCGAUGAAGAGUUCGAUCUCGACGCAGUCCUCCGAAGCGAGACACCCCUUCGAGAAGAUUCGAAUUCGUCGGAGGUGCCUGCGAACGAGGGCGGGUCCGAGUACGUCCUGUACACUAACCAUGACAGAGUCGUUGGUGAGUCCCGGUCCGGCAAGGUUUUGGAGGUGCUUGCCGAAAUCGUGUUCUUGACCAAAACCGGUGACAGCUGGGAACAGAUUGUUACACAAAUGCUGACCAGCACGACCACUGAUAUGUCUGACUCCCAGACCCUGGGAUCGCCAGUCAACGACUGGGCAAAGGGGAAGUCGUGGCUCAUUGGCACCGGCAUCAGCACACCAGGGGGUAACGGCCCGGGAGCGUGCCACCAGAAGUACCUGACUGUUCUUGGGCACGAAACACCGAUUCUACAGCAUGCCUGCGGCUAUGACUUGUUCUCGAUGACAACGUUCAUCUACGAGAGCCGCAGUCACAAGGCCGACGCAUGGAAGUACACCGCGCCUUUGAAUGGCAUGGCUGCUAUUUGGACGCCUGCUCGCUUCAGCACUGUGCUCGGUUCCGGUGCUCCGAAUCCUUCCCCGAUGAAGUUUUGUGAGCUCGAGGAGUGCGGGAACCUGCAACUCCAGUACCAAGCGAACGGGAAGCCCGCCGAACCCCCAAACCAAAAUGACUAUACCUUCGCUACGAGUGGCACGUCCUUGCUUUCGGCCGUGAGCGCAUCCUCUGCAGCCGUGGCCUUUUCCGUUGCUCUUGGCAAGGUCGGCAUCCCUCCAUUUCUCGCUAAGCUGUCGGGCAUGGUGAUGAAGCAGAACGAUCCAGGAUUCGACGAACAGUCUCAGACUGACCCGGCUCAGCCAGGACUCAUGGCGAAACUGAAAGCAGCGUUGUCAAAUCUUAUGGGCACGUCGGGAAAGUUGGCGGUUUGGGCGGAAUCAGCCCAGAACGCUAAGAUCGCGUUCACCGAGGUGGGUGAGCGAUUCCAAAACUGCCCCACGCUUUAUCAAGUACAACAUGCUGCGGUCGCUGGGGCAACAGGAGGAGCUCUACGGCCUCUCACGGCGGUGCUUCGAAGUCCUCGACAACCGUGUCGAAGCGAUCAUGGCAAUGCUCAUGGAGACGUCUCCCGGUCAAGCCUUUGA